AUGCGUGAGCAGCAGGAGCGUUCGGCGCAGGGCGACGCGAGCAGCGCGGCCCGGUGCCUGUACGUCGGUCCGGCGCGUCAGGCCAACGAGCUGCGCAUCGACGAGCUGCCUCCGCCGAGCGGGCGGCGAGUGCGCGUCGUGCUGCUCUCUGACACGCACCAGCAGCUCUCGUCCAUCACGGUGCCUCCGGGCGACGUGCUGUGCCACACGGGUGACAUCUCCUUCUGCGCGCGCGGCGGGGUCGCCGUGCUCGGCGAGUUCAACUCACUCCUCGCCUCGCUUCCCCACCCGCACAAGCUCGUGAUCGCCGGCAACCACGACCGGCACCUCGAGCGGCUGGGGCGCGAGGAGGCGAAGCGGCUGCUCUCGGCGGCGACGUACCUGGAGAACGAGGGCGUGCACGUGUGCGGGCUCCACUUCUGGGGCUCCCCCUUCUCGCCGCGCCACAAGGGCUCCCGCUCCUCCAACCGCGCCUUCCAGUACUCGGAGUCGCGCCAGCGCGGCGUGAUGAGGUACAUUCCGCGCGACGUCGACGCGGACGAGGCGGCGGGCGGGGAGGCGGUGCCUGGGGAGUCGGCACCGCCGAGGCGGGUGCGGCGCGGCGUGCACGUCAACGCGGCCAUCUGCAACGCAAAGUACCAGCCGGGCCGCAGCGGCGGGGGGGUGCUAGUCUUGCGUGCGCAAUGGCGCCCGGAGCAUGUCGGUAGCUUCUAG